CUCGGAGUCCGUGCGGAGUGACGCAAGCGCGCUGCCCCCUUUUCAGCGUGCGGGAAACCCCGUUUCUCCCUUUUCUCUUGACUGCGAGCUAGCGCAAAGAUGCCUGGUGUCACAGUGAAAGACGUUAACCAGCAGGAGUUUGUCAGGGCCCUGGCUGCUUUCCUGAAAAAGUCUGGGAAGCUGAAGGUACCAGAAUGGGUGGAUACUGUCAAGUUGGCGAAACACAAAGAACUGGCACCAUGUGAUGAAAACUGGUUCUACACCCGUGCUGCUUCCACAGUUCGUCAUCUGUACCUCCGGGGUGGGGCUGGUGUUGGGUCCAUGACAAAGAUCUAUGGAGGCCGACAGCGUAAUGGCGUUAUGCCCAGUCACUUCAGCAAAGGCUCAAAGAGCGUGGCCAGGAGAGUGCUACAGGCUCUAGAGAACCUUAAAAUGGUGGAGAAAGACCCCAAUGGUGGUCGCAAACUUACUCCCCAGGGACAGAGAGACUUGGACAGAAUUGCUGGACAGGUUGCAGCAGCAAGCAAGAAACACUGAGAAUUCUGAUUGUCAAUAAACCAUCCUGUUCAUAAAAA